AUUAAUCUUCCCUUUUCCCCGCGCGCGGUCGGCGGGCUCAGUGAUCCGCCUUCCAUCGUCCUUGCUUGCCUCCUUCAAUUCCUUCAGUUCUCGGCUGUGAUUCUGACCCGAGGUUCUGGAACGGAGACGCCGGACGGACGGACGGACGGACCGACGGAGGGAUGGCCGCUCUGGACCGCUGUCGUCUUCCUUUAGGCAGAAUGUGAAGAUGCUGAUGACGUCAGAGACCACAGGGCAGCAGUCUUGACAGGAAGUCAUGGCAGGCGCGGUGGCGAGAAGGCGCCCGUGAGCCUUUGCGAUGGCGGACAAGACGGCGCCGCGCUGCCAGCUAAGGCUGGAGUGGAUCCACGGCUACCGCGGCCACCAGUGCCGCAACAACCUCUUCUACACGGCCGGCAAGGAGCUGGUCUACUUUGUGGCCGGGGUGGGCGUGGUCUACAAUGCCCGAGAGCACACCCAGAAGUUCUACUUGGGACACGACGACGACAUCAUCAGCCUGGCGCUGCAUCCCGACAAAGUGCAGGUGGCCACGGGUCAGGUGGGCAAGGAGCCGUACGUGUGCGUGUGGGACACCUACGCCAUGCAGACCGUCUCCAUCCUGCGCGACGCGCACACCCACGGCGUGGCCUGUUUGGCUUUCGACGCCGACGGACAGCGCCUGGCCUCGGUGGGUCUGGACGCCAAGAACACGGUGUGCGUGUGGGACUGGAGAAGAGGACGCGUCCUCGCCUCGGCCAGCGGACACUCGGACAGAAUCUUCGACGUGGCCUGGGACCCGCAGCUCUCGACGCGACUGGUCAGCUGCGGCGUCAAACACAUCAAGUUCUGGACUCUGUGCGGCAAUGCCCUGACCCCCAAACGCGGGAUCUUUGGCAAGACGGGCGACCUGCAGACCAUUUUGUGCGUGGCCACCGCCAAGGAGCAGACCACCUACUCGGGAGCGCUCAACGGAGACGUGUACGUGUGGAGGGGAGCGGCGCUGGUCCGGACCGUGCAGGCGGCGCACGCUGCAGGAAUCUUCAGCAUGCACGCCAGCGAGGAAGGUUUUGCCACGGGCGGACGGGACGGUUGCGUGCGCCUUUGGGACGUCGACUUCAAGCCCAUCACCAAAAUCGACCUGCGGGAAGCCGAGCAGGGCUACAAAGGUCUGUCCAUUCGCAGUGUGUGCUGGAAGGCCGAGCGCAUUCUGGCCGGGACGCAGGACAGCGAGAUCUUCGAGGUCAUGGUCCGCGACAGGGACAAACCGCUGCUGCUGAUGCAGGGCCACAGCGAGGGUGAGCUGUGGGGGCUGGACCUCCACCCCAAGCAACCCCUCGCCGUCACCGGCAGCGACGACCGAUCCGUGAGGCUGUGGAGCCUUCCCGACCACACGCUGCUGGCCCGCUGCAACAUGGAGGAGUCGGUGCGCAGCGUCUCUUUCAACAACGACGGCUCCCAGCUGGCUCUCGGCAUGAAGGACGGCUCCUUCACCGUCCUGCGAGUCAGGGACAUGACGGAGGUGGUGCACAUUAAGGACCGCAAGGAGGUGAUACACGAGCUCAAGUUCUCUCCGGACGGCUCCUUCUUAGCGGCGGGCUCCAACGACGGCGUGGUGGACAUCUACGCCGUGGCGCAGCGCUUUAAAAAAGUGGGCGAGUGCGCCCGCUCCACCUCGUUCAUCACGCACCUGGACUGGUCGGUCGACUCGCGCUUCCUGCAAACCAACGACGGCGCCGGGGAGCGCCUCUUUUACCGGACGCCGGUAGGAAAGCCGGUGUCCGAGGAGGAGGCCAAGGGAGUCCACUGGAUGACCUGGACCGGCGUGCUGGGCCCAGAGGUCAACGGCAUCUGGCCCAAAUACUCCAACGUGACCAGCGUCAACUCGGUGGACGCCAACUACAGCGGCGCCGUGCUGGCAGCCGGCGAUGACCUGGGCCUGGUCAAACUCUUCCGCUUCCCAUGCCACAAGAAAGGCGCCAAAUUCAAAAAGUAUGUGGGCCACUCGGCCCACGUCACCAACGUGCGCUGGUCCAGCGACCUGCAGUGGGUGCUCAGCACCGGGGGGGCCGACCACGCCGUCUUCCAGUGGCGCUUCCUGCCCGAGGGCAUCAUGAACGGCGCCCUGGAGCCCCUCCUCCAAGAAGGCUACGCCGACUCCAACAGCGGCGACUCGGACUCGGACGUGUCCGACGUGCCCGAGAUCGACUCGGACGUGGAGCAGGAAUCUCAGCGCAGCUACGAACGGCAGGUUUACAAGGAUGAUCUGCCCCAGCUGCGCGGGAAGCUGAUUGGUUCGCUGAAGAGGCAGAAAGCUCCGGAGGAGGCGCUUUGUCUGCAGUUUGUCCACGGGUACCGGGGCUUCGACUGCCGUAACAACCUGUUCUACAGUCAAACGGGCGAGGUGCUGUACCACGUGGCCGCCGUGGCCGUGGUCUACAACCGGCUGCAGCACACUCAGCGUUUCUAUCGGGGCCACGACGACGACAUCCUCAGCCUGGCCGUGCACCCCGUCAAAGACGUCGCCGCCAGCGCGCAGGUGGGCCGAGACCCGGCCAUGCACGUGUGGGACGUGGCCACUCUGAAAUGUCUGUCGCUUCUCCGAGGUCACCACAGCGCUGGCGUAUGCGCGCUGGACUUUAGCGCCGACGGCAAGGCUUUGGUUUCCGUCGGAAUGGACCAUUUCCACUCGGUGGUCAUCUGGGACUGGAAGAAGGGCGAGCGACUGGCCAAAAGCAGAGGUCACAAGGACAAAGUGUUUGUGGUAAAGAGCAACCCCUUCCGGGCGGACAAGCUGGUCACGCUGGGGACCAAGCACAUCAAGUUCUGGCAACACUCAGGCGGCGGUCUGACGUUCAAGCGCGGAAUCUUCGGCAACCUCGGCAAGCAGGAGACCAUGAUGACGGCGUGUUACGGCCGCUCCGAAGACUCGCUGUACUCAGGGGCCACCAACGGUGACGUUUACGUUUGGCGGGAAACCACGCUGCUCAAGACGGUCAAGGCCCACGACGGGCCCGUCUUCGCCAUGUGUUCCCUGGAUAAGGGUUUCGUGACAGGCGGCAAGGACGGUGUGGUGGAACUGUGGGACGACGCCUUUGAAAGAUGUCUGAAGACCUACGCCAUCAAGAGGGCGCUUCUGUCCCCCUCGUCCAAAGGACUGCUGCUGGAAGACAACCCGUCCAUCCGAGCCAUCGCGCUGGGUCACGGCCACAUUCUCGUCGGCACCAAGAACGGAGAGAUUCUGGAGAUUGACAAGAGCGGGCCCAUGACCCUGCUGGUCCAGGGUCACAUGGAGGGCGAGGUGUGGGGUUUGGCCGCCCAUCCGCUGCUGCCCAUCUGCGCCACUGUCAGCGAUGACAAAACUCUGAGGAUGUGGGAACUGUCGGCCAAUCACCGAAUGGUGGCCGUGCGCAAGCUGAAGAAAGGCGGGCGCUGCUGCGCCUUCUCUCCCGACGGCAAAGCUCUGGCGGUGGGCCUGAACGACGGUAGCUUCCUGGUGGUCAAUGCCGACACGCUGGAAGACAUGGUGAGCUUCCACCACCGCAGGGAGCUCAUCUCCGACAUCCGCUUCGCCCCAGGCGCUGGCAAGUACCUGGCCGUAGCUUCCCACGAUUCCUUUGUGGACAUCUACAAUGUGCUGACCAGCAAGAGAGUGGGCAUCUGCAAAGGAGCCGCGAGCGUCGUCACUCACCUGGACUGGGACUCCAGAGGAAAACUUGUGCGGGUCAACACGGGAACCAAAGAGCAGCUCUUCUUUGAGGCUCCUCGAGGACGCCAGCAGACCAUCGAAGCGGCCGAGCUUGCCAAGCUGGAGUGGGCCAGCUGGACUUCGGUUCUGGGUCCCAGCUGCGAGGGCAUCUGGCCCGCGUUCGGCUUCGUCAAUGCGGCGGCGCUCAGCAAAGACGGGAAAGUGCUGGCCAGCGGGGACGACUUUGGCUUCCUGAAGCUCUUCGGCUUCCCGUGCGGGGUGAGGCGCCUGCCCGCUGGUGCCGUUCCUUUGACCUCGGUGCCUCUUUUCUGCCCCCAGGGUCAGUUCUCCAAGUUCAAGAAGUACGCAGGCCACAGCAUCAACGUGACCAACGUCCGCUGGUCCAACGACGACGCGCUGCUGCUGUCGGUGGGCGGGGCCGACACGGCGCUCAUGAUUUGGAGCAGGGAGCCUCCGGGUCACAAGGAGAACCAAGCGGCCGACAGUGAAGAGUCCGACGACGACGCAGAGGAAGACGGAGGCUACGACAGCGAUGUGGCUCGCGAGAGGGCCAUGGACUACGUGACCAAGGUCUACUCGGCCGGCAUCAGGAAGAUGACGGGGACCAAACCUCACCUGCAGUACAAGGAACCUGCCGUGGAAGAGAGAGCCCCGGUGAGUCGAGCCACUCCGCUGCCCGACAAGCUGAUGAGGAACCAGGUGUCCAAGAAGAGGAAGGCGGUGGAGGACCUCCGGCUGGAUCACGUCUUUGGCUACCGAGGCUCGGACUGCCGUAACAACCUGCACUACCUCAACGACGGCGCCGACAUCGUCUUCCACACGGCGGCCGCGGCCGUGGUGCAGAACCUGUCCUCGGGGACGCAGAGUUUCUAUCUGGAGCACACCGACGACAUCCUGUGCCUGACCGUCAACCAGCACCCCAAAUACCAAAACGUCAUCGCCACCGGGCAGAUCGGUGACAUUGCAGAGUUCCCAGGUUUGGCUCCAUCCAUCCACGUGUGGGACGCCGUGACCAAGCAGACCUUGUCCAUCCUGCGCUGCUCCCACGCCAAAGGUGUGGGCUACGUCAACUUCAGCGCUACGGGGAAGCUGCUGUUGUCCGUGGGGGUGGAGCCCGAACAUGUCAUCAGCGUGUGGAGGUGGCAGGAAGGUGCCAGGGUGACCAGCAAAGGGGGCCACCCGGAGCGCAUCUUUGCCGUGGAGUUCCGGCCGGACUCGGACAGCCAGUUUGUGUCGGUGGGCAUCAAGCACAUCAAGUUCUGGACUCUGGCGGGCGGCUCGCUCUUGUACAAGAAAGGCGUGCUGGGCGGCGUGGAGGACGGCCGCAUGCAGACCAUGUUGGCGGUGGCCUUUGGAGCCAACAACCUGACCUUCACCGGCGCCAUCAACGGCGACGUGUACGUGUGGAGGGAGCACUUCCUGGUGCGGGUGGUGGCCAAGGCGCACAGCGGGCCCGUCUUCAGCAUGUACACCACGCUGAGGGACGGACUCAUCGUCACGGGUGGAAAAGAACGUCCGACCAAGGAGGGUGGCGCCGUCAAACUUUGGGACCAGGAGAUGAAGCGGUGCCGAGCCUUUCAGCUGGAGACUGGCCAAGCUGUGGAGAACGUCCGCUCCGUCUGCAGAGGCAAGGGGAAGAUCCUGGUGGGAACCAAAGACGGCGAGAUCAUCGAAGUGGGCGAGAAGAACGCCGCCUCCAACACCAUGAUCAACGGACACACUCGAGGCGGCAUCUGGGGACUGGACGCGCACCCUUUCAAAGACGUCUUCAUCUCGGCCGGCGACGACGGAACCGUCCGCAUUUGGGACCUGGCCGAUAAGAAACUCCUGAACAAGGUGACCGUGGGCCAUCCCGCCAAGUGCACCGCGUACAGCCCCAACGGAGAGAUGCUUGCCAUCGGCAUGGACAACGGAGAGUUCGUCAUCCUGCUGGUCAACUCACUCAUCGUGUGGGGGAAGAAGCGAGACCGCAGCGCCGCUGUCCAGGACGUCGGAUUUAGCCCAGACAACCGUUUCCUGGCGGUGGGGUGCGCCGAGAGUGCCGUGGACUUCUACGACCUGGCCCUGGGCUCCUCGCUCAACCGCGUGGGCUACUGCAAGGACAUCCCGGGCGGCGUCAUCCAGAUGGACUUCUCGGCCGACGGCCGGCGCAUCCAGGUGUCCACCAGUACCUACGCCCGGCAGGUGCACGAGGUUCCUUCGGGCAAGCUGGUCGCCGACGCCUCCCUGACCGAGAGGAUCACUUGGGCCACUUGGACCAGCAUCCUGGGCGACGAGGUUCUGGGCGUUUGGCCUCGCAACGCCGACAAGGCCGACGUCAACUGCGCGUGCGUGUCCCGCGCCGGCCUCAACUUGGUUACUGGUGACGACUUUGGCCUCAUCAAGCUCUUCGACUUCCCCUGCUCGGAGAAAUUCGCCAAGCACAAGCGCUACUCGGGCCACUCGGCUCACGUGACCAACGUUCGUUUCUCCUGCGACGACAAGUUUGUCAUCAGCGCCGGCGGCAGCGACUGCAGUUUGUUUGUGUGGAAAUGUCAAUAGUCGGCAGCAUCCCGAGCCCACGAGCGGCGGGGACGUGCCUUUCCACCCGGGCGACGGCUCGGCUUCCGCACCAGUUGACGCCGGUCGGCCUUUUCUACACUUGAUGCAAACGCUUUUUGUCACAUGGGAACAAGACGCUAGAGGUGAACGUGAGCCAUCAGCUGGGGGGGACCCUGUUUUGGACCUUGUGGUGUUUGUGUGCUUGUAUCCUUUGUUUCAGUAGAAAGAAAAAGCAAACCAAAAAAACAGGGCGCUAUGCACGUUAGCCCACGUGGCUGUGCGCUAUCCUAACUCCCAUUCCUUAUUUAUUUGCUGUGGUCGGCUCUCUUGAGGGACGUUAGCGAGGCAAGCUAACAUCACACGCAGCACACUCGCCGACCGGCCGGUGCUAACGGAGGGGACUUGACAAUGUUGUAUCUUAGUGCGAGUGUGGUGUGCGGACGGCAUGUUGCGUAUUCAGUCUUGCUGUUUGUGUGCAUUCGGGGCUAACUUGAAGUUAGCCGCCUUUUCUUUGGCCAAACAAACGCGAUUUACCAUCAGUCCCGCGUCUGCUUAGCAUCGGCGGAAGGAGGAAUGCGCUAAGCUUGAGCAUGGCCCACGCAGCUCAAUGAGAUGCGCUCGGUUCUCUUUUCGUUUGUGAGAUUUGAUGGCGGUCAGUGUUUCAUGUUGACAAAGUUUACAAAGUGAGGGCAGGAAAAAAAAAAAAGAAACGGAAUGAAUGGCACUUUUUCAAUAAAAGGACUCAUGACACACA